AUGGAAAAUAUAAGAAAUGUAAGUAUUAGUUAAAAUAUAUUACGGUUUUCAUUUUUUCUGUGUACAACAUCUACUUGAACUUUUACUCCAACUUUUAAACUCUUUUAGCAAUGUUUCUAAAGGGAAGUACUCUAAAUAGGUCAUUUUUAGAUUUUCCCAAAAGUUUUCCCAGUAAAAGUGAAAAACUGGGAAAAUCGGUACAACAUUAAACAAAUACUAUUAAAGAAAAUAUAUAAAGCCUAUUUAAUUAUUUUUUACUAUAAAAUGACGUAUGUAUUGUUGACAAAAGCAUCACUAUAUUCAAAACUCCACUCAAUCGUUUUUUUGUAAACUAUGGUUUAUUGUUGCUUACAGGUAUACAUUAAAUUAUCUAUAACAGUGGCUGCAUCCGUUUCCAUUAUCCUAAGACGUUUUUUUAAUUAUACUAUUCUAUAUUUACUAUCUACGUAUUAUCCAGAUUUCUUUUUAAUUAGCCUAGGUACCUAACCUACCCAUGCAGUAUGCAUUUAAAAUUUUUAAAUAAAUUAUUUGUUUAAAAUAUAUGCCCAUAUUCUUACGGGAGAAAUUUGAAUGAUUUUAAUGAAAAUUGAAAACAUUACAGCAAAUUAGAUUAUAGGCAUUAAGCUUUUAGAACUUUGAGUUUUAAUUAAUACCUAUCUAUUUUGAAAUUAAUGGUUAACUCGUAUAUUAGGUUUGAAGGUUAUAGGUAACUGUUAACAGAAUUAAUUUCACAGUUGUACAGCGUCAUCGUCUAAUCCGUGAUUAUACAUGAUUUCUUAUCAACAUAGAAAAUUGGUUAUUGAUCCCUUAUUUUUCGUCAGAUAACUUUAUAUCCAUAUAACUUUUUAUUAUUAUUAUUUUUUACCUUCUAUAGCUCUGUAUGAAAUCGUUGUCCAUUCAUUUUUUUAUUCAUUUCAACAUAACAAGUAAAGAUAGCCGAUGGACACGUUCAAUAUUUUGUGUAUAGACUUAAAAAUGCAGUACUGAACGAAAUCACAAUUGUCUUCUCUGAAGUGAGUACCUACCUAGUGCUUACUUAAUUUGCAUCAUUGAUUUAAUCAUAAUUGAUGAGCAUGCAAUUACAAAGGAUAUUUUCCUUUGUUAACAGCUCACACCAUUCCUUAUGAUUACGUUAUUAUGGCCGAUUGCGUCGAUGGAAACUCCAAAAAUGACAAGAAUGAACUACAUUCUGAUUGGAUUCAGUGCAUUUGCGUUGUCACUUUUGACUUAGAAUUCGGACAAGCGAUGGAGGUAUGUGAGACCAUUAGUUAAUUUUGUUCAAAUAGUUAAAUAGGUACAAGAUUAAUUAUUUGUAUUGUGGUGUUCCUAUUGGUUUGUUCUAGUUGAUCUAUCCUAAUAAUGUCAAAUUAUCCGAAGAAGAUAAAACAAACCUUUGUUACCUGGCAUUUCCUGACUCUAACUCCGGUUGCAUGGGGGAUACUCAAUUUCAUAUCAAAAUCAAGUGCUCUCAACCCUUGAAUCUCAAUCAACGCCAUAUCACCUACAAUGCCAAAUGCCCAGUGUUUCUACAAGCUGAUCAUCGUUGCUUGUAUGGAUUUGUGUUUUUUCGGCAAAUCAAAGAUCUGUCUCUUCCACGAGGAUAUUUUCAAAAAGUAUGUUUUUACUAAAAAUACAAAUAAGUAUGCUGUAUACUAGAUGAUUCAUUUAAAUAGGUACAUUCAUUAUCUCGGAAAGUAUUAAAUUUUUCCGAAAUUUGUUCUCUAGAAUAUUUAAGAAAUAAGUAACUCCACAAUUUUAUAUAUAUGUUAUUUUUAGGGAUGAAAUUACUAUCUACUAUUGAUUUUCAAACGUUAACCUAUAUUAAAAAUUCCAUAUGUAUUAGUGGUGUAUUAUUAACAUGCCAUGCGCCAUAUCACCACACAAAUGAUACUCCCCUACUCUCCUCCAAUCCAAUCUUAAUAGGGGAAUAUCUCGUUAACGGAUCGACAGAAAUCAAAAAAGUUCAACACUCAAAUUUAUUUUAACUAAUAUUUCAUCUAUUUAUGGAAUUUUUAAUACAGGUUGCUAUUUUAAAAUCAAAAGUAGGUAGUCGUUUCACCCCCAAAAAUAAAGGUGACAAAAAAUAACAUAAAUAUAAAAUUAUAGAGCUUUUUGUUUCUUAAAUGUUCUAGAAAACAAAUUCCGAAAAAAAUUUAAUACUUUUUGAAAUAAUGAGUGUACCCACUUAAAUGGAUCACUCGGUAUUAUCCAUUACUUAAUUUAAUAAAUUUAUUAAUUAAAUUCUAAUAUUAUUGUUUAUGUAGAGUGUAAUAGUUUUAUCUAAGAUGCCAUUUAUAAGUUUGUUUAACGAAGUUUGUGGGACAAUAGCACCAGAAUAUUUCAAACAUGGAAUUACUAGUAUUGAAGUUGCAUUUCACGAUAUUCAACAGUGGCCAGAAUUAUAUGUAGGGGAAACUGUUAGCUUACCAUUAUUGGGAAUUGUUCUUCAAGUUUGUAUACUAAUAUAACAACUAUGCCUAGGUAAUAAACAAUAUUAAUUUAAUUUUAAAACUAUUUUAUUUAGGCUCAACUAAUAUGUGAUAAUAAUAAAAUCUGCACUUCAUCAAAUUCAAUGGUUCCCAAUUACCAAUUGCCUGUUGUUGUAUCCUCUUUGUAUGAGUUAAACACAUUUGGGUGCUUCUCAUCCGUUGUGCCACAAAUGCAUCUUUUAUGGGAAUUGGUGUUAACAAAUGAACCAAUUAUUGUGAUGACUUCAUCUCCAACAUGUUGUUCACAGGUUGUUCAAGCUUUGGUCAGGUAAAAUUUGUUAUUUUGUUUUAAUAAGUGUAAUGAUAGUUGAUAUAUAAUUUAUUACAAAUUUUUUUUUUAUAAAUUAUUAGUUUAAUAGUACCUUUGGCAUAUUAUGGAGAUUAUCGGCCAUAUUUCACAAUUCAUGAUAAAGAAUUUAAAGACUACACAAACAAAAACAUGAAUCCACCACCAAUAAUUCUUGGUGUUACAAAUCCAUAUUUUACAAAAACAUUACAACAUUGGCCACACAUUGUCAAAGUCACUGAUACUUUAAGAAAAGGUAAAUAUUUAUUUUAAAACUUAAUCAGAAUUUAACUUAAAAAUAUUUAAAGUUUGACAUGAUUAUUUUAGGUAGUAUUUAGCUUCUUUAAUGUCUUAAUUUUAAUAAUAUGAAUUUACUAUUGUACAUUUAUCUACUUGAUAUUUAGUUAAACUUUCAUAUAAAUGUACAUUCAAUAUACUUUACCUUAAUGUGUUUCAAAAAAUUCAACUAGUUAAAUUGAAUUAACUUAAAUUCUGGUAUUAUGAAAUUAGUAUAGAAACUAAAGUGAUUAAUAUUUUUGGCAUGAAUUGAAUUUCAAAUUAUGUUUUAUGAAUGUAUUCUUUAUAGUCUAUACUAUAAAGUGAACUUUUCAUUAUCCACACAAUUAGGUAGUGCAGCCACUGCAGAUAAUCUAAAGAAAAAAAAUGACUAAAUCAGUCAAAAGUUGACAUGUUUUAUUACUAUUAAAUUAUUACAUUUCAUUUUUUUACAAAAAAAAUCAUACAUUAUUUGUAGUUCUUAAAAUAACACAGUUCCAUGGAAGAUUGAAAGAUGAUAUUUAUGUUCUAAAAAUACCUAUGAUACUAACAGACUAUCAUUUUGAGUUUAAACCUCUUCAGUUUUUUGUAAAACAUUGCUUUGCAAUCACCACCAAUAAAGCACAAGGUUAAACAUUAAAACUAACAGGUAUCGACAAUUUAGAUCCUUGCUUCACUCAUGGGCAAUAUUUUUGAUUUUCCUAGGAGUUUUCUCAACAAAUGUAAAAAAAACUGAGAAAAACAACAUUUAACAUAUAUUAUUAUAGAAAAUAUAAUAAUUAUAUUAUAAUGCAUUUGUAAUUAUUUUACCAUAAUACGGCAUAUAUAUUGUUGGGCUAUCGGGAAAUUCCAAAGAAGCUGCUUUCUAACAAAUUAAAAUAGGCUGAUAGAUUACAGAUUGUAAUAUUUUCUGUUUUUAUAUAAAAAAAAUUUAUCUGUGUGCAACUUUUCUACCACAAGACUUACUCGGAUUUCUACAUGUAGCACCUUUUCUGAAAGGAAAUCGGUGUGGGAAGGUACUUUAGGGAGGUUUCGAUUUUCUCAAGAGUUUUCUCAUCAAAUUUGAAAAACCGAAAAAUAUAAGAAAUUUAGGUAGGUAUUAGAUAAAAAUUGUAUGGCCUUCUUUUUUUCUGUGCACAAUUUUUCCACCAACAAUUUUGCUCCAACUUUUAAUGAUAGCAAUGUUUCUAAAGGGAAAUUUCACUAGGGAGGUACUUUAGAGAGGUAAGUUUUCUAUUUUCUCAGGAGUUUUCCAAGCAAAUGAAAACCGGGAAAAAUGUAGGAAAACCAGGGAAAUUGGUACAAUAUUAAACAAAUAUUAUUAAAGAAAAUAUAUUUAGCCUAUUUAAUUAUUUUGCUAUAAAAUGACAUAUAUAUUGUUGACAAAGCAUUACUAUCAAUUGAACUUCGCUCAGAAUCAUUUUUCAAAAGCAAUGGUUAAUCAUUGCUAACAGAUAUAUGUUAAAUUAUCUAUAACAGUGGCUGUACCCAUCUCCAUUAUCCUAGGAGGCUCUUUUUUAUAUUUCUACUGUUGAGUGUUUAUUCUAAAAUAUAAAUUAUUGUUAAUAGGUUCUAUGCAUGUUUUUUUUUAAAAAAUUUCAAUCUAAUUAACAAAUUUGUUGAAUUAUAUUUAUAUUUUUAUAUAGACACCCUGAAUAAGAAUAAAUUAAGAAAAGGAUCAAAUCUGAAAAUUUUAGAUGCCAAACCUGGAGUUUAUACAGAAUAUAAACCUUACUUACAUAAAGACAAAGCAAUUUUGAAAAAAUUAUUCCGAGGAAUGCAAAAUAAAAGACCAGAAGAAGUUCAAUCAGCAUUGUUAAGACGCCAUUUCUUAGAACUAACCCAAAGUUUCAUGAUACCACUAGAACGUUACAUGUCAACAUUAAUGCCACUACAAAGAAAUAUCUCACCUUUUAAAGUACACAAUAUUUUACAUAAUUCUGUACACACAAAAUUAAAGAAUUAAUUUUUUUUUUCUUUUUAAAGUCUGCUCCUAAACCAUUCCCAUUUAAUCCAGAUAACUUUUUAGCUAGUUUAGAGUACGCUGGACCUCAACUGACAUGUGGAAUUAAAGGUGACUGGAAAGGACUUUAUAAGCAAUUUUUCAAGUCUCCUAACUUUAGUGCUUGGUACAAUGUCCGUUAUCAAGGAAUGUUGAUGAAAUUACAAGUUUUACAAAUUGAGGCCCUUUCUAGUGUGGUAAAAAAAAAUUUAAUAACUCUUAAUGAACCAUCCAACUAAAAAAUUCAAUAAUUAUUUUAUUACCAUAAUAAAUAGAAUACAGUCUAAUUAGCAUAAUGAUACAACUAAAAUUUGUCUGUGACUAUUCUUUGGCUAUACCCUGUUUCAAAAGAGAACAUACAGCAAUUUUCUGUUAAGAAAUAGCAUGUCCAAUAUGUCUAUAGUUGUGACCCAUAUUAACUUGUAGGGAUGUGCCCAACCCAAUGGAAACUGGUUACCAAAGCUGUAUAUUCUCUUUUGAAACUGGGUAUAGUUAUGGUGGUUUUUAAUAUUGAGCUUGACUAUAUAUAUAAUUAAAUAAAUGAAUGAAUGAAUGAAUGGCCUGGAGUAUUAUAAAAUGUGUAUUGUACCAAUUUCAAAUUAAAAAUUUAUUGUAUUUAAUGUCAAAAUGUAAACUGCAACUACAUAUGAAAGAAUACACAACAAAUUUACAAAUUGGUAAUUUUACAUAGAAAUAAUUAAUUUUAAAAGGAGUGAUUAUUUAAAAUGAGUUAUUAUUAGACAUAGAUAUGUUAAGAAAUAUAAAUUAUUUGGUUAUUAUUUAUUAUCUUAAAUGUAUUAAAAAUAAAAUAAAAUAAAAAUAAUAUCAUAUCAAUUAUGAUAUUAUUUUUAAAAUCAGUUUGAACAUUUAAAAUAUUAUUAAAAUUAUUUUUCUUUAUUUCAUUUUGCAAGAAUUACACAUGUAAUAAAACAAUAAAACUUAAUUAAUGUUAAUGUUACUUUGAGUUUUUAAUAUUUCUAAAUCUAUAUUAAUAUCAAAACUUAUAUUAUGGUUCUAAAUAAUGUUGUCAACUAUUUUAGUAUGAAAUACAAAAAUAAUAUGUCAAACAAAUUUGUUAAAAUUCUGAACAAUAAUACAAAUAAUGUAAAAAUCCCUUUUAAGACUAAUAAUAAUUUAAUCAAACAUAUAAACAAUAGAAUUAAAAACUUCACAAAGAAUCCUCCAUUUUUUGAAAAUGGUAGUAUAUAUAAACCUAAAUGUUAAAUUUAUUUUUUCAUGUUCAAUUUACUUUUUGACUUUGUGAUUUUACCUGACGAUGAAUUUUUAAUUAAAAAAACGUUUAAUACACAUUUCAUAAUACUCCAGGCCAUUUAUAAGUAUUAAUCAAUAAUAAUUUAGUUUUUACUUUAUUCUUUUAUAAUACAAGGCAAUAUUUAUCGGUUUUUGGUUUAACAUAAAAUAACUGCUAAUUAACUUUUUUUUUUCGAAAGACCCUAUUAAAUGUUUUUAACCCUGCAAUGCCCAAUUUUAUUUUUUUUUACAUAAAAAUUAUUCUUCUUAACUAAUUUUGAUGAGCUGAGGGAAAAAGUAUUUUAAAAAUCCUGUGUUUUAGCUUGUAUUAUAAAAUUGUAGUUUUAUAACUAAUCUACUGAGUUAUUAAUUAUUUGUGUGUUAUUAAUGUUCAUAUAAACCUUGUAGUAAUUUUAAGUUUCAUUUUCGAUGAUUUAUUAAAAUAUAUUUUACUCAAAGCACAUUUUGUAAUUCAAGAAAAUAAAAAAAAAACACAUGAGAGAAAAAUUACAAAAUAGAAAUUAAUAACAUUUGCAUGUGGGUAUCAAUAAAAAACAUAGAUCAGGACUUAAACUAUACAUUAGAUGGCUCAACAAAUUUUUUUAGUCAGUAUGUAGUGUGGAAACAUUAUUUUAACAUGUUGCAUAUUUGCUAAUGGACAUAGAAGAGUUAAGAGUAUCUGAUAAUUUUUCUAUUUGUAUAACUAUAUCACAUUUUGGUUUAAUAUUUUAGAAAGAAAUAACACGAAUGUAAUAAAUUUACCAAAUAUUCACUGUGAGCUUGUGUGUUAUUGUUUUGAUGAUCAUGACAUCAUGUACCGAUAGAUUAUCGGAUUAUUAUAAAAUUAUAAUUUUAAAGACAUUUAUAACUUUAAUACAAUAAGAUAUUCUUAUGAAAAAUAAACAUGCAUGCUAUAAAAUUCAAAAUAAACUUAUAGCAGCACCACAAAAUAUAACAAGCAUUCUUAUGACAGUGUCUUAUGAGGGUAAUAUUAAAAAUCACCCUAAUUAGUGAAGAGAUAGUCACGAACAAAUUUUAGUAGGAUAAUAAUAUGUACUAAAAUUUAAACUGAAGCCAAUUUUUUGAGUUGGUGGGUAGUCUUUUAAUUCUAUUUCCUUCCUCCCCCCCCCCAUCUUAGUGCUGUUAUUAUUAUUUAUUUGAUUUUAGGAUAUUAAAAAAUGGCUUGAGAAUAAAUUGGAAGUAGAAAUUGUGGAUAUGAUAUUGAAAAUACGCCAGAAACUGGAUGAAUGUGAAAACUUGGGAUAUUCAUUGAAUAAAAGAGUCAAAGAUCAGUUAAAAUUGAAAAUGGAUGAUAUUAUUUGUUCAUUGCCAGAUGAUUUAAAAAAUGUUUUGUCAAAUAAAAAUUCAUCUAAUAGAUGA